AUGUCUCGAUCUUUCUACGUGGACUCGCUGAUUCUAAACCAGCCGCCGUCCAGCGAGAGGGAUCACCCUCGGACGCCUCCGUCCAUGCACCUCCGGACCAACGGCGAGCCCAAGACCAUGCGAUGCUACCAGACCCACACGGACACCAUACCCACCUGUCCCAUUUGUGUGCGGGAUCAGGCCCAGGCGACCUGCGGCCGGCUGCCCGGGAUGCCCCCAACCUCCGGCGUGGCCGUCUACAAGUCCCCGCUGGGCGGCCUACCCCCGUCUCACUCGCCCAGCGAGCACCACCGUGUGCUCCCCACCAGACCCUAUCUCGAGUCCUGUCGGGACCACCACCUUCACCCCUCCAGCCUUGGGCUUCCCCCUCCCCACAGUAUGAGCCAGCACACGCCGCCAUCUUCCCACACCAGCUACCGGCCCACGAUAGAUCCCCGCAGGCUUCAGUACCUGCCAAUGGGUCUGGACCAUUCGGGAAUGGACCAGGACCAUCUGUCCAGCAGCAAGCGGAUCCGCACCGCCUUCACCAGCACCCAGCUCCUGGAGCUGGAGCGGGAGUUCGCCUCCAACAUGUACCUGUCGCGCCUCCGUCGCAUCGAGAUCGCCACCUACCUGAACCUCAGCGAGAAGCAGGUCAAGAUCUGGUUCCAGAACCGGAGGGUCAAGUACAAGAAGGAGACCAAGGUCCAGUCGCGGGACUGCAAGUGCCAGCGGAUGACGUCAUCGCGGGCCAGUAACGGCACCAGCUCGGCCAGUGGACGGAGCCACUCCUCCUCGCCAGGCAGCUCUGCGCAUGCGCCCAUCGACACUGAAGACAAGCGGCAACCAGAGAGAGAUUGA